CUUCACGUCCUGCACACGCCUCUGAAACUUCCUUCCCGCUUUGUGUGGGCUCCUCCCGGUUACAUGCAAUUGCUUAGAGCCCGGAAGAGGGCGGGUGCUCUGCCUGGAGCCGAGCCAGGUUCUCCUCAGACGCCCCUUUCUCCUUCGGGAAAUCUUGCACUUAUUUGAGCCUUAUCUGCUCCGGGAGCUCCCUGUAUUGCUCAGACAGGCGCCUGGUCAGCUCCUGGUUCCUCAGCUUGGAUACUGUUGGGGCUCCUGGGCCGCGCCUCCCUGAGGAAGCCAAGAGUCAUGGAUUCCAACAUCGACCAGGAUGAAUUAUUUUGCUCCAUAUGUGAGAAUUAUUUCAUAGACCCAGUCACUAUAGGUUGUGGGCACAGCUUUUGUAGGCCUUGUCUUUGUAUCUUCUGGGAGGAAGCCCCUUAUCCUCCUUACUGCCCUGUGUGCAGGGAAACAUCUCAUCAAAUGUUUAAAACCAACAUUGUUUUGAAGACACAAGUGUUCCUUGCCAGAUGGGCAAGACCUUACUGCUUACCGAGCUCUGCAGAACAGAUGUGUGAGAUACACAUGAAAACAAAGAAUUUCUUCUGUGAGGUUACAAAAGACCUGCUCUGUCUGCACUGCUGUACAUCUAAGGAGCAUGUGGUCCAUAAUCAUUGUUCCAUUGGUUGGACUGCUGAGGGAUACCGGCAAAAUCUCCUGAAACAAAUGAGAUCUCUGUGGGAACAGACACAAGAAAAUCGGAGAAAUCAAAAAAGAGAGACCAGCAAAGUCAGAACAUGGAAGGGUUAUGUGAGUCUGAGGAGGGAGAUGAUCCAUGCUGAGUAUCAGAAGGUGUGCCACGUGCUUUAUGAGGAAGAGAGACGUUAUUUAGAAGGAAUAGAACGGGAAAGCAAAGAGAUUUUUCAACGACUCAAAGAAAGUGAGGAAAACAUGGACGUAAAGGGGAAACUGCUAAGAGGAAUGUAUGAGGACCUCAAGAAAAUGUGCCAAAAACCAGACAUGGAGCUGCUCCAGCAUUUUGAAAGUGCAUUAAAAAGGAGUGAAGCAGUACAGCAGCACCUGCCUCAACCCGUGGACGCACAGCUCAGCUCAUGGCCCAUCACUGGGCUGAUAGAGAGGCUCAGCCAAUUUCUUGUGCCCAUUUUUUUUGAAAAUGAAGUAACCACCCGUCACGUCCCACUCUUUGAAGAUCUGAGACAUUUGCACGUCAGUCCCAAUCAUCCUGAUGUUGUCACUAAUACAAAAAGAUCUAACUAUUUUCUGGCAUGGGGAGCCCAGACAUUUACUUGUGGUCAACAUUACUGGGAAGUGGAUGUGGGGAACUGUCAAAACUGGGUCCUUGGAUUUUGUGAUGAUUCUUGGACAAUGACGAAUGACAUGGUGCUUGACUCAGAAGGAAUUUUUCUACUCUUUUGUAUCAAAGAGGACAAUCAGUGCAGUCUCUUUACCUCCUCCCCACUGUCCCCUCAGUAUGUGCAAAGGCCUCUGGGCCACGUGGGAGUGUUCCUGGAUUAUGAGCGUGGUGUAGUGAGCUUUGUGCAUGUGGCUAGUAGCUCUCUCAUUUGCAGUUUCCUCUCCUGUUCCUUCUCUUGUCCUCUCCGACCUUUUCUAUGCUCUGCUCCCUCAUAUGAGGGAUGUGUCUGAACUCAACUGCAAGUGUCAGGAACAUCUUACCCAAGGUAGCUUGAGGAAAUGCCUAUUGAUUUUCUUUCCCUUCUUCCUUUAUCAAAUACAUUGACUUCUUUCAAAGACUUGAUAAUUGUAAGUGUUUACAUUUGUUUCCAUUUUCUUUAAAUAAAAACAAUCUCUUAGAAAACAA